GUCGCUAGCGUCCUGGCCAUGAGCGCAGCCUCGCGUUCUCAGCGCUGGAAAUACCUUGUGCCUCUGUGAUUCGUUCUUGGCGAGAGCCAGACAGAUCCACUCGGACAGGACAGACGUCUGGACCACUUGGCAACUGCCACCCUUGCAGCCGCUCUCUGAGUCCCCUCUUGUCUUUUCCGCCCUGUGGUUAACCUCGAGGUGCUUGGAUUUGGGGUGAGGAUUUAUCGCGAGGUGUGAUCGCGAGCGUUUGGCGACUUUUUUAGAUGUCUAGGAGCCCGGGUGGCUGCAGGGGCCCCAGGCAAGACUGAUUUGGGGGCGGAGGAGGGUAGGGUAGAGGUUUCUGCAUGAGCUCCUUAAAGGACAAAGAUACCAGAGCCAGCGAGACCGCUCCAAGGGAGUCUUUGACUUCAGCCCACAGAAUUGGUGUCAGUGUGCGCGCCUCCGCCGCCUUCCCUGCGGCUCUGUCGGUCUGACCGCCAGCAUCUCCCAGAGCUCCGGGAUCCCCGGGUAGGAGGCGACGCGGGCUUGCAGAAGGGCCAGCCGCUGCGGCUCGCCCUCGGCGGCGCUCACCAUGGGCUCGGCGCGCUGGGCGCUGUCCGUGGUGCCGGCCGUUCUGCUGGUCCUCACGCUGCCCGUCUGGGCUCAGAACGACACGGAACCCAUCGUGCUGGAGGGCAAGUGUCUGGUGGUGUGCGACUCGAACCCGGCCACAGACUCCAAGGGGUCGUCCUCCUCCCCGCUCGGGAUAUCAGUUCGGGCAGCUAACUCGAAGGUGGCCUUUUCGGCUGUGCGAAGCACUAACCAUGAGCCAUCAGAGAUGAGUAACAAGACUCGCAUCAUUUACUUCGAUCAGGUUAACUUGAUGUUAAAUGGAAAACCGGUGAUCUCUGCUUUUGCUGGGGAUAAAGAUGUCACCCGUGAAGCUGCCACGAAUGGAGUGCUCCUCUACCUGGACAAAGAGGACAAAGUUUACCUGAAACUGGAGAAAGGUAACUUGCUUGGAGGCUGGCAAUACUCCACGUUCUCUGGCUUCCUGGUGUUUCCCCUAUAAGGUUCUCCACGAUGUCCAUUCCGUGAGGGGCAGCCCACCCCUGAGUUGUUGGAAAAUCAUUUUUCAUCAUUGGAUUGAUGUCUUUUAUUGGUUUUUCAUGGGUGAAUAUGGAUUCUAUUUAAGGAUUCUAGACCUGUUUGGACCAACAGAGUCUCACAAGAUUAUUUUCAUGUGUGUACAUUUUCCUUACAUUUGGAUUGGGACUUAAAGCAGAUAAUGACUAUCUAUGCUCAAAUGUAACAGUGAAAAGAUGUCUCAAGAUUUGUUCUGAGUUUAAUUUCAUGAAAUUUCUGCAUUUUUGUAGAUGUGGGAUUUUAUUUAUUUAUUUUUUUUUUUAAAAGACUGGCAACUGAGUCUGAGAAUUAGAAAACUAAAAUUCUGACUUCAAUUCAUGGUUAGUUUGUCACUGCCAAAGAAGUGAGCACUGUGUUGAUUACACAUUGAUUACACUUGAUUUUUUAGUACACUUGUUUUGGGGAUGAGUUUGUUUUGUUCUCCUAAGGCAACUGGGAUUGUUAUAUUUUUAGUGACUGGCAUUGUGUUUUCUUUACAAAGAGGUAGUGAAUGCCUUGCCUCAAACUUUACCUUACUAUGAUGUCAUCAACAUGACUUCCCUCCAAAAAGAGAAUGCUUCAUAGUUGUAUUUUAAUUAUAUACAUGAAAGAGUCAUAUUUUCCAAAUUAUAUUUUCUAAUAGGAAAAAUAGAUCAUAAAUAUGACAAGCAAAAAGUUGCUUACCCUAAUUCUAAGCACUCAAUCCACCAACCUUAGCAAAAUAUCUCUCCUCAGUGGGAAAUAUUAUACUUUAUUGCUCAACUUUAAUUAACAUGAUUGAUAAUAACCACUUUAUUAAAAACCUAAGGGAUUUUUUUCCCUUAGACAUGAACACUUUGUUAACUGGAGAUGGGAUGCCCUUGUUUUUAAUUAUACCUAUUUUUCAAAUCUUUUGUUGUGUUUGAAGUAUCAUCUGGUUUUUGCCUUAACUCCUGAAAGUGUAUAUAUUUAUCUGUUUAGCUAAUAUCAAUCUAAAUAUCCCAUAAGUAAAUUUAGUGCUAUAUCUUAUUUUGUCUUUUGUACAGGUCAUAUGAAAUCACAAAAUUAUUUAUGUCUCUGUUACAGAAUAAAGAUUAUUAUAUGUUAA